GUUAAUCGAACAGCUGUUCGUCGCGCUAUCCAUCCCGCUCACACUCGCGUCGGUCAACGAAGGAAUAAACAAACCGAUUUUGAAUCGGAAUUGCUUGAGAAAUAACACCCCGGAAACCACACAACCCCCAUCAAAAUGUCCGGCAAGGACGAUCGAUCCAAGGAAAAGCGCAGGAACAUGAAGCAGUACAAUCAUCACCAUAAAAAGGAACAAGGGCGGUCCACCACGUCGUCGGGAUCGCCGCCACCCACCUCCCGUCGCAGCAUGGUUGAUGUGGCGGACUCGAGCGAUGAGCCAAGGUUGGCCAGGCGUGGCAAUUGGCAGUCCAGUGGAGCAGGCCGCUCCUCGUUGGCACCGCAACGGAACAGGGACAUGCUGGACACCCUGCCCAGCGACACCGACGAUAUGGAGCAAUUGGGCCUGGAUGGUGCAGCCAUCGAUGAGAAUGCCCGUGCCCAGUUACGAGCUGGCGAUUUCCAGCAGAUGGCCCAGUUUCCCAGCCUCGGUGGCGGCCACUUCACCUUUGGAUCAGAGCGCGAAUGGGCCAACGUGGCCGAGGGCCAGACCAAGCUACACACCAAGGCUGCCAGUGCCUACUUCACCCUGAACCUCACCCGCCUAAAUGUGGGUCUGCAAACGAUUCCUUUAUACAAGCGUAUGGAUUAUCCGGCGUCUCUGUUCACCCGUGCUCAGAUUGCCGCCCAGGAGAAGGCCGCCGAACGGGCUGAGGCAGCUUACCAGAGCAUUCUAAAGGACUCCAAUGGGGGCACCAAGUCGCGAGCUCCCUCUGCUAAGUCCAACAAGGACGCCGCCCCUGCAGCGGCGGAAAAACCAGUUGCUGCCUCAGCAGCUGAACCCGAUGAACUUGACGAGCUAUUGGCCAUGACCGAUACGCAACUGGGUAUAGGCUCUGGACCCAUCACGAUGCCCAUGCCUAUGGUGCAGCCGGCCACGCCCUCAUCGGCAGCAAGCAAAAACGGUGUGGAGGAAUGGCUGGAUUCCGUUUUGGAUGAAUAGAUACAUAAUUCAGACUAUUACCAGAGCUUUUUAUGCUUACACGAAAUAUUCAAAUCACUAAGUGGCUUGCCUUUUAGAAAAAGCAUUAUUAAAAUUAUAAAAUCUAGAGUUUCCGUUGAAACUUUAUAGUUAAAGCAAGAGCCUUUUUAUUGUGUAUAAUAAAAUCGUUGAACGCAUAUAUA